UCAAUCAGCAGAGCAGUGAGAAGAAACGGAAAACACUGAAACCUUGUGUGUUGUAAAUUUUUUGCUCACUUGUAAAUAAACGAUUUCAUGACCAGAUCUGUUGCUUCACUGUCUGCAAUCAUAGUAAAUUCCUUAUAUGAGCGUCAAAAUGACAUGCUACAGACAAAAAGUGGUUUGUAAAUACGUCCAGACUUUAUCAGGUAAUGUCUGCAGUUUACAGGUCUUACGGCACGCAUAGGGUGAUUGACUGCUGAUCUCGAGGACGACGGUCGCAUUUUCAGGGAACCCGCCGUGGUUGCUCAGUGGCUAUGGUGUUAGGCUGCUGAGCACGAGGUCGCGGGAUCGAAUCCCGACCACGGCGGCCGCAUUUCGAUGGGGGCGAAAUGCGAAAACACUCGUGUACUUAGAUUUAGGUACACGUUGAAGAACCCCAGGUGGUCAAAAAUUUCCGGAGUCCUCCAAUACGGCGUGCCUCAUAAUCAGAAAGUGGUUUUGGCACGUAAAACCCCAUUAUUCUUUUUUUCAGUGAAGCGAUAUGCAAGGCGUCCGUGUGCCGUAUGAUGUCAGUGCGCGUUAAAGAACCCGAAGUGGUCUAAAUUAUUUCGAAGCCCCCACUAGCUCCUAACUCCCAAAACCAGCUCACGAAAUGCGCACAGACAAAACGCGUUUGAAUCUCGAUACAGUGCGAACUUGGCCCGUAAAAUUUCACAGGAGUAAUGAUUUGGGCUGACAUAACAUUGUUUUCAUGAUGAAGAUUCAUUCUUUGACGCUCGCAGAAAGCGCGCGAUACGCGAAACGGGCUCACUUUCACUUCGGUGGUAGAGAUGCAGCCGACGCGAGGCUGGCAAGGCGCUCAUUUCGGCUGCGUGCUUACCCCGCCUUGGUCAACAGCGCCGCCCCGCGGCAUGGUGCGCUGUGGGGUCACGUUUGCGCCGCCGGUAUUCACACCUCCCCUUCUAGCCACCCUAGCGUUGGCGGUACUUAACCUCGGCGGAAACGUGUAUGGGCCUUUGUGGCCUCAACCUCGCGAUUACCUUUAAUCGGUGUUCGUUGAAUGAAAGAAAAGAACGCUGGAGUGUGGUGUGAAUUUUUUCAGGAAAUGUUGGCAUGAAUGCGAUUCAAACUUUAAUGCAAGCAAUCAAUCAUCACCGCAGAUAGGCUCUGCUAUGCUUUUUAACUAGUAAUUUAAAAGCCACCUUCCGUCCGCCUCGGUAGCGCAGUAGGCAGCGCGUCAGUCUCAUAAUCUGAAGGUCGUGAGUUCGAUCCUCACCCGGGGCAAAGGCGGCCUAUUUUUUUUUUUUUUUUCAUAUUGACGUUUUAACAAUUAACAACGAUACUGUGAUACUUAUGCACAAUUUCUUGGUAGCUACCUACGACUUUACCGAAUUUCUUCGCAUGUUGUAUGUCUGCCUUGUUCAAUCACUUGCUACCUUUAGGCAGUCCGCCUGACAGUGUGCGAAUGUUUAAAGUGACUGGUUAUGCAAUGAGCCAAAUCGGCAGCGGCGAGCGCCCAAAUGUCCGCAAGACCGCUGUCGGGUUCGCCUAUUUUCACGGCCGGCGUCAACAUUGGCUCAAACGCUCCCACGUCCGACCACCCGCAACACCUUCCUCUUUGCUGGUUACAUUACUACCCCUCUCCACAUUUUACGUGUCGCGGGCCUUCCGAUCUGUCUUCGUUGUGCUUUGUGUGUGUGCAGUGAGCCAACGGUGCUUCAGCUGGUCCUACUUUUGUGUGUUCCGCAGUGAAUCGCUGGGUGUAAUCGAGUGCGCGCGCGAUGGAUCUGGAGCAUCGUAGGAAGUUCAGGGAUCCCGAUUUGAUCAGUGCUCUGGUGGCGUGCAUUGAUUUCGACGUUUUAGCGCCGAGUUUGCACUCGAGAGACAUCCUGACUGCCGCAAUGGUCGACGACAUUCGGGAGAAGGAAGGCCUGGAUGAACGCAACCUGGCCCUGCUGCAGCGGCUUCCCAAGAGGGGACCGCUGGCUUUUGACCGCUUUGUUGCCAUCCUUCGAGAGAAACGCAUGUUCCAGGCGGUCACCUUGCUGACGGGAGAGGCUCCGCCGGAACCACCUGUCCCUACUGUACUGCCACCUCCUCCUCACUCGACUCAGGCUUUCGGAGGUGGUGAUGCUCGUCUGGUCGUUGACUCUGCUCAAAAUGGUCAUGGGACAGUAGGUGAAGCCAGCAGCUCAGAGUUGCGGGUGGUUCCAGCCAAGGAUUUGAAGCAUGGAGAUAACAUAUACAGCAUGGUUCACUCACCGAGGGGCCUGUGCAUCAUCAUCAACAACUGUGACUUUGGAGGUUUGGCUGAUCGGCGUGAUGGAUCGGAGAUCGAUGUACGUCGCAUGGAGGCGCUCUUCAAGGCAUUCCUUUUCAACUGCAUUGUGCGCCACAACCUUUCCGCAUCUGACAUGAAGGCACUUCUGUCGUGGGCAGCCCAGCCCAAGCAGCAGGAGGGAGCCGACUGCCUGGUGGUAAUCCUGAUGUCGCACGGAAAGCACGACAUCAUUCAUGGCUCGGAUGGCGAGCAGCUGCAUCUGGCAUCUGACGUCUACGCAUUGUUCAACAACGAGCAUUGUGAAGCCCUGCAGGGAAAGCCGAAGCUGUUCUUCAUCCAGGCCUGUCGGGGAAGCAAGUUCGACAGUGGAACCUCCAAUAGCAUUGUGUACGACACUGCAGACGCCGGGCCAUUUGAGGUGCCUGAAUCAGUGUCAUCGAGUCCGAAGCGCAUUGCCACUUGGUCAGACAUGUACAUCGCCUAUGCAACCAUCCCCGGUUACACGGCACUCAAAAACAACGAAAGAGGUUCAUGGUUCCUCGCGGCCGUCUACACGGUCUUCAGUGAACACGCCAGUACCAUGCACUUGGAGAAGCUGAUGCACCGCGUCCAUGAUACCGUUAUGAGCUGGUCCUCCCAUGACGGCAGCAAGCAGACGCCCAAUGUGGAGUUGCUGGGUUGGAGGAAGAAGCUGUACUUCAACCCGGGCUUCUUCGUUGAACGCAGGCCAGAGGAGCCCGAAGUAUUCCACACUGCCUUGUAGAUUAUAUUGUGUGUGUUGACCAUAUUUCAAACAUGCCAGGGCCUUGACAAUCACCCUCUUUCGUGAAUGCAAAGUGUGCCUGCGAGAAUUGCCUCACCCGUGCUUGCUGCCAGCCUUGCAGAGACAGCCGCUUCAGUGGGAUCAGUAUACCCGCUGGUGCCAUUGAUGAAAAAGAAGUCCACAUGACCUGAAUAGAAUAAUUCCACUUUAGUUGAUUUUGUAGCAUUUGCAAAUGUACCAACAACUGUAGGAUUGCGGUGCCCAGUAAGCUUCAUGGAUGCACUGAGCUUGAACUUAAGGUGCCAUUUGGCUCAGCUCCAUUAAAAAACAAUCCAUGUGGCACUUUCUCACCAUUUUGCAUGGGAGCUACAUAACAUGAAGAAGGCUCAGUCUCUUCCUAACAUUAUACUAGUAGCACAGAAUGUGCUCAAAUCUGUCAACCCACUCAUUGCAGUAGCUUGCUUUUAUGCGUGCAGGUUAUGUUAUCUAAGCUUGGCUGAAAUGGAAUGGAAGGGUUCUAUAACUAAGGUAAAUCAAUUAACUGUGAGGCAACCCCUUCGAACUGUUGUGAUUUGAAAUAGCUUACCAACUUGCAUACAAACCAAGGCCUCUUGUUUUUAGACUGACGCGUCAAAUGAGCUCCUCAUGUUAUGUAUGGAUCCCAACAAUCUUCAGGCUCAUUUUGAACACCCAGUCACAGUUUUGCUUUCAAUGUACUAUUGCCGACCGAUAAUUCGGACUCGAUGGGGACUGCCUAAAUGUUAGAAUUAUUGGUAGUCCACAGUAUUGGACUUGCCAAAAAGCAAGUGAACCAUUCCACAAGUAGCCAAAAACACAGUUUGCCAUGCUUUCGGAUGACCACUUUCAGGAAUACUUUCACUUAUGCAGGAUUUUGUGUGACUAGUGUAGCAUAUAUCGGCAUCUACGAGCACCAGCAUUCUUGGCACAGCACCAAGCAUGCUGUUUCAUCAUAGGGCCAGGAGCCUGUUUUCUGUCGGCAUAUCUGGUGCUUUUCAUGGGAAAUGUUUCAAAGGUGAAGGCAUCUUUGAAAGUGAUCGUCUAAGAAUAUGGCCCUAGGUUGUAAAUGUAUUGGUGCACGCAUGUACGCUUGCUUGCCAUCUGCUUAGUCCACAUCUUGACCAUUGUCUUGCUGUUGCCACAGAAAGACGAAAGAAAAGCCAAUGCAUGCACCAAGUCUUCAUCCACUGGCAACAUAACAGAAGUUAACCACGCUGCCAUAGCUGUGCGGGGUCAGGUUUCUUUUUUCACAAGUCAUUGUCCGCCACUUCCCUCACCCAGUCAACGCCCUUGUCAGUGCAGACACCGAAGGUUGAGUUAGUGCUGCCUGAAACAACUUGAAGAAGUCAUCAGGACCAUGUUGCUAUUUAACACAUGAAACAACAAGCGCUGAACACACGGAACCAACACUGGUGGUACUCGCACUACAGUGCAGCUGUACAGUGGCUUCCCAGGUUUGGCUUUGCUUGUUCUGCGGUUUGGGUGCAGUUGGUACUACCUGGUAAGCUUCGCUGGUUUCGGUUUCGAGAAGAUGCUGGUAGCAUGGCUGAUGAACAUGCCACGGCGAUGCUGGAGCAACAUUGAGGCCAAAAGAUAGCUAUUUCUACUCGAUUCAGUGGUGAUUUAACGUAUGAUCAUGCAGGUGGAGUCCGAAUGAUUGAACGCCGUGCUUUAAGGUGUCCGAAAUUUCAGUCGUCCUUAUGCAGUCUAUGGGGCCAAAUGCAGUGCUGCGAAGCAGUUCGAAUUAUCAAGCAUGUUCGAAUUAUCGGGGUCUGAAAUACUGGUCAGCGAUAUGUUGUGGAUUUAAGGCAUUGCUCAUUGUGUAGUUGCAGGUACCUGUGCACCGUCCUUCUUUUCUCAAAGCUCAUGUUUGGUGUCUGAAAAGCAGAGCUGCAUGAUGGCAACUGCAAAGACAACCUGCACGCUGCCUCAUUUGAAAUUGAUGGGGGGACAUUAUGAGUGUCCCUUUUGAAACAGGGUGGUGGCUCUUGCCACCGAGCCCGAAAGGAAAGGUGUGUUAGGCGCCAUCUAUCUGCGGGGUAACAAAGCUGUCCAGUCAAUGAGGAUGCAGUACAGUUCUGAGGAAGCUGCUGUGGCAGUAUGUUUUGUUAGGUAGUGUUAUAACGAUGGCCUAUUCUUUUUUUCUUUCAUUUUUCAAGUUGGAAAUGAUACCUUGUGUUAAAUUCUGUACUAAUGUAGGGUAUCUGUGGUAUGAUCAAUUGUUGGAGGCAACCUGCAAGUGUGAUUUCGAGAGAUUACUGUAUUUACUCGAAUCUAGAGCGACCUUGAUUAUAGGCCAACCUUCAAAAUUUGCGAGGCCAGAAAGUAAUACAAAACUUUCUUCGAAUGUAAGCCGAACAAAGAAAGACAAUUUUAUUGAGAAAAGAGCAGGCAUUUUAUUACACAAGAGCACUUGUUGCAAGCAUAUCCACUGUUCAUCAUUCAUCAUUGUCAUCUGUGACAUCGCUGUGCUCUUUGUCGCUGACUUCUUCUCAUAGUGACAAUCCUCGCUUCCACCAAAAGAUUUCGAAAUACUGCACUUUCGUAUGCUCGCAGAAUCGUUUUCAGCUGGAAUUUAAUCUCAUGCUGCUGCGAUCCAGUUCGCCAGCUGGCUAAGCAAAGCAUGCUUGAUACUGGUAGAAGUGAGCUGAUGCUCUUGCGAUGCCAGCCAUCCAGUAUAACGUUUAUACGAGACCUAUCCUUUAAUGGCAGUUGAAGUUGGCUCGUCAUGCCUUCGAGUAUAAUCGCUAUGUCUGUACCUCUUUGCGAAAACACGGUCUUUGUAUCAGUCCAGCGACCACGGUAGCAUUCGAGAACAAGAGUUACUCCCCGCACAGCAGGGCUCCUGCAUGGCAUUGCCAAACCGUAUUAACCCAUUUCUCCUCCAUUGUGCUACUCGUUUUACCAUUCUUGCGAAUACGCACGACGAGAUUUUUCGCAAACAUUUCUCCAGCUAGAAGAGUCUUGCACUUGAAAACAAUGCAUGGUGACAGCUUUCACUCAUCGGUAGUGCAGCACUACAUUACCACUGUUGGUUGCUUCUUGUACCCCGUAGUUGUGAGUUUAACUUUUUUGGUGCCCUUUUCAUUAAUCAUGAACACCACAGGGAUAUCAAAGUAAACUGACAUCAGGUCACCGUUCCCAAUUUGACCUCGUAGGUAGGCCUUCUCCAGCUUUGAUUACAUAGCGCAGAUAUGCAACGAGCUUCUCCUUAGAGUCACUGGGGAGAUUUUGACUUACUGAAGCCGAAACACUUCAUAAAUUGCGUGGCCCCUGCUGGCCUUGAACUGGAUUCGUGCGACACCUGGCUUCGUGCAACAAGCCCAGAGAUUGCAGAUGAGGUGAAUGGCCACUUGUGUCAAUUGGAAAGGGUUAAGGGAGGAGGAGAGGUGACAGCUGCCAGAGACAGGCGUGCUCAUAAAUAAUGUUGCAUGAGCGUCAUGUCCAGCUGUUGCAUUGAAAAAUUGUGCAUAACGGUGUGACCAUUUUGUGUAAUGUAUAGAGUAGUAACAGAUCAGAUUCUUUUGAAGAAUCCUUUUUCAAGAAUUUCUCUGUCUCAUGAUUAGAUGCACAAUUUUAUUCACUCUAAAAGGCUGUCAUAGGCAAGUUGUUGGAUAGCACCUGGGUGUUGCAAAGCAUGAUUUUCAAGUUCUACCUGCUUUAGAUUUUCUUCUGUGCAUCUAAUGCUGAACAUGUAGCCAUGGAACUCAAAGACUGAAAUCAGUGACUUUAUUAUAUUUUUUUCAAUCACUUUGAUUUUUAUCCAUUUACUUCAGCACAAUGCAAGGCUCUAGGUUUUGCGCUGAUAAGUAAAGCAACAACUGAGCAGCUAUGUGAGGUCCACUCUUUCUAUUUCGGUUCCUUGCCAGGAUAACUGAAAAGUCUGCCCUUUAUCCAGGCGUACUUUCAUGGACAAUCUAAAUAUGAAAAAAGUUAGACUAACGGGAUUGCAUUUUUUAUUCUCUAGGCUUAGUUUGUGGUUUUUGCCAUCUUUGGCGACUGGAUAUGUGGCCGUGCAAAAUUGAACGCAUGAGUUAUCAAUUUGUGAAAGAUGUUGAACUGAACUGAAUUCUGGGGUUUUUCGUACCAAAACCAUGAUUUGAUUAUGUAUGAGGCAUGCUGUAGUGGAGGACUGCAUCUUAACAUUGAGAAACGUCAUACUUCCCUUCUGUAGUUCAUUUUUCCAUGAUAGUACCAGUAUUCUUGAUAGGUAGGGUAAUGGUCAGCCCAGAUGUAACAGCAUCUGGUUAUGCUAGCAGUUGAACUUUCACGUUUCUUUUAGUAUCACUGCAAGUGGACAGCACUCAAUGUGUGAGGCCAAUACUUUGUUGAGCUGUUCCUGGUUUGCCUCGUCAUUUAAUCAUACUUACUUUCUUCUGUGCCAUACAGUGCUCACAUGCGUGAGAUGCUGCUUACUGUAGCCAGCUAAGUUUGAUGGGUUCCUUGGGCCAUGUACUGCGCAAUUUUGUCCUUUGUGGCCACAUAGCUGUCACACUGCAAGGAGGAACCCGUGUUUGUGUUGUGUGCAAUGCAGUCUGUGUAGUGUGGUACGGCAUAUCUUUGUCAUACUACGUUCUCGAUGUAUGGUCUGUACGGGCAACAGACAUGGAAUUGUUGUAGCUCUAUUGCAUAGUUCUCAUUAUUAAUUUUAUUCAAUUUGUUACGAGUUCAAUGCUGCUGGGAGCACCAUAGUAAUGUCCAGUACACUCCUUUUAACCCUUCAAAUGUAGUUUUUUUCUUUCCUCAGUCCCUUCCAGGCUUUUUUCUUGUGUUGGUUUAUAGUUGCAGUCCAUGGCUACAUAAAAGCUGGUCUUUUGUUGUUGCUUUCUCCCAGUUGAGUAUCUAUGGACAAAUGAUAAUUUCCUUCAUUUGUCCUUUCCUUCAGUUCUGUGCUCUAAGCCUGUGAGCUUGGCAUCCAGGGUACCUUUCCCCAUUUUUUAGGCAUACAGUGUUUGACAAAGAAAAUCAUUAAUUUGCCUUUUCAGGCGGGGUGUGCGAAAAUCGUGUGCAGCAUAUACCCUUUAAUUUUUUUCAUUGCAUGUGGAAGCAGAGGAAACAUUUUUUUAAAGAAAUACCAUGGAGAAUUUAUUGCUGCUGUAUAAAGAUUUCUUUUGCUUUGAAUAGGCAGGAUUGUGUAUGCUCAAUAAAUAAAUUCAAGCAGACCUUUUAUUGUAAGGGCUAGCAACAUGUUCUGAUUGCACUGUGUGGUAUUUUUGGAAUGUGUUAGGGCUGUUUUGUGAAAUAACGAAAUGUAAGAGCGAGAAACUGAAAUGCACAACUGACAAAUGCAAAUAAAUAUGUGUACAACUGUGAGCUGAGAUCUAAGGCUGUGAAAUUUCCCUCACUGUGGCACAUUUUUGCUGACUCCUUUGAGACCUGUUGCAUGUCGAGAAGCUCAUUUCUGCAUUGUUGUCUUUUGUUCGUCAAACCACUCUCAGAGUGCUAGUGCCCGUAAUUGCAAAAAAUAAAAUAAAGAGGAGAUGAAAUCUAGAGUUUGAAAAUAUUAGCCACUGUCAUAACUAUGUACUGUCCACACAAGAAAAGCAUGAAAAAACUGAAGUGCAAAAAAUAUGUGCAAUGCACAGUAACUGCUUAGUAGUUUAUACAAGUGGUCUGCUAGCUUCUGCUGUCCUGUUGUAAGCAAUGCAUUGGUCAUGCAGGGACAUGCUUAAGACUGCUUACAGAAAUAGUAAUGUGUUAUAUGCAGAGAAGUUAAGGGGGACCUCAUAUUUCAUUAAAAGUAAUGCAGGUGCAUAUUUGGCUUUGAAGAGUGCAGUAAUUGGAAACAGUCCUGUUGAGCUGACGUACGAAAUAAUUGAGGCAUCUUGGAUUGCACAGUGUAGCGACAACUGUGUCGGCAAUUUCAGAACCAGAAUCCAUUUUGUUGUGAUGAAUAGAAAGACAGGAGGAGGCCCCAAAGUCAAAGACUACGAGGGGAUCUGCUCGAAUUCAUUUCUCAUUGUCAAAAAAGUACAUUAGCUGUUUGUCUGUUCAUCAUCAUCAUCAGCCUGGUUACACCCACUGCAGGGCAAAGGCCUCUCCCAUACCUCUCCAACUACCCCGGUCAUGUACUAGUUGUGGCCAUGUUGUCCCUGCAAACUUCUUAAUCUCAUCCGCCCACCUAACUUUCUGCCGCCCCCUGCUACACUUCCCUUUCCUUGGAAUCCAGUCUGUAACCCUUAAUGACCAUUGGUUACCUUCCCUCCUCAUUAAAUGUCCUGCCCAUGCCCAUUUCUUUUUCUUGAUUUCAACUAAGAUGUCAUUAACUCGCGUUCGUUCCCUCACCAAAUCUGCUCUUUUCUUAUCCCUUAACGUUACACCCAUCAUUCUACUUUCCAUAGCUCGUUGCGUCGUCCUCAAUUUAUGUAGAACCCUUUUCGAAGGCCUCCAGGUUUCUGCCCCGUAUGCGAGUACUGGUAAGACACAGCUGUUAUACACUUUUCUCUUGAGGGAUAAUGGCAACCUGCUGUUCAUGAUCUGAGAAUGCCUGCCAAAUGCACCCCAGCCCAUUCUUAUUAUUCUGAUUAUUUCAGUCUCAUGAUCCGGAUCCGCAGUCACUACCUGUUCUAAGUAGAUGUAUUCCCUUACCACUUCGAGUGUCCCGCUACCUAUCAUAAACUGCUGUUCUCUUCCGAGACUGUUAAACGUUACUUUAGUUUUCUGCAGAUUAAUUUUUAGACCCUUUUUUCGUCUUUGCCUUUCCAGGUCAGUGAGCAUGCAUUGUAAUUGGUCCCCUGAGUUACUAAGCAAGGCGAUGUCAUCAGCGAAUCGCAGGUUACUAAGGUAUUCUCCAUUAACUUUUAUCCCCAAUUCUUCCCAAUCUAGUUAUCUGAAUACCUCCUGUAAACACGCUGUGAAUAGCAUUGGAGAGAUGGUAUCUCCCUGCCUGACGCCGUUCUUUAUUGGGAUUUUCUUGCAUUCUUUAUGGAGGACUACGGUGGCUGUGGAGCCGCUAUAGAUAUCUUUCAGUAUUUUCAGAUACGGCUUGUCUACACCCUGAUUCCGUAAUGCCUCCAUGACUGCUGAGGUUUCGACUGGAUCAAACGCUGUCUCUUAAUCAAUGAAAGCUAUAUAUAAGGGAUGGCUAUAUUCCGCACAUUUCUCUAUCACCUGAUUGAUAGUGUGAAUAUGGUCUAUUGUUGAGUAGCCUUUAUGGAAUCCUGCCUGGUCCUUUGGUUGACAGAAGUCUAAGGUGUUCCUGAUUCUAUUUGCGAUUACCUUAGUAAAUACUUUGUAAGCAAUGGACAGUAAGCUGAUCGGUCUAUAAUUUUUCAAGUCUUUGGCGUCCCCUUUCUUAUCUAUUAGGAUUAAGUUAGCGUUCUUCCAAGAUUCCGGUACGCUCGAAGUCGUGAGGCAUUGCGUAUAGAAUGUGGCCAGUUUUUCUAGAACAAUCUGGCCACCAUCCUUCAACAAAUCCGCUGUUACCUGAUCCUCCCCAGCUGCCUUCCCCCUUUGCAUAGCUCUGCCUGUCUUUUGAGUGUGGUUCAUUUCUAGGGACUCCGGCCAUUUCUCGUGCACUUUGUAUUCAACACAGUUGAUGUAUAUCAAUCCCUCAUUAAUGAAGCUUACUUGGUGGUCAUUGAUGUCCUUGUUUCCUGAACUGUGUUAGAGCUGUGUUAAAGGACACCUACUGUUCUUUAUUUUUCCUGAACCUGUGCAUUGUGUGUUUGUUGUCGACCUCGUCAUGGAAGUUAUGUUGUGUUAAGAACAGCCUAGCCAACUGUUUUUUUUUCACAAACAAUCAGAUUUGUUUAUUUUGGUAGAGUACAAAAAUUGACAAGAACAAAGAACAUAAAAUCUGUCAGUGCCUUGUUCUUUACUUUUCUGCUAUUACAUUCUACAAUGAAUGUCAUCCAUCUUGCCCAACUACUAAUGCUCAAGCGUUGUUCGCUCACAAUCAUGCUCAAGAGAACAACAUGUGUGGAUAGGUUAUGUGAUGUGCAAUGUGAGUCGUUCAGGCUGCAGCCAAAAAUGUACCUUGAUCACAGUGAUGUGCCUUAAAAGCUUCAGUUUUGAUGUGUGUUUAUUUCUGGACAUAUUAUAGGUUCACUGUAUUGUCAUCUGUACCUGUUCAUGUGUUCUAUCUGUGCAUUAGUGCAACUAAGACUACCUUCUGCUGUGUGAUCGUGAAAGGGCCACUUCUCACCACUCAGCACUUUGUAGACAUCUGUAUUGUACUUUGUUGGCUCCUGUGAAUAUGCGUAUGUAUAUGUCUGGACAUAUUUUUUAUUGUUGUCUGGCCAUUGCAAGUGUUAAAUUGAUAGCCAAAGCGAGAGAUGAAAACAUUUUUUUUAAUGCAGUAAAAAGGGGCAAGUUCUGUUUAAUUUUAGUGGGCUGCUUAAUCCAGUAAUCCUGUUGUUUUUCUCCUCAAUUUACAUUAUUCGCCAUGAGCGUUGCUUAUAAAAAUACAAUUGCAAGGGAGAUAGUUGUUCCAACUGUCCACUCACUUCCUGCAGGUUUUUUACACGACCUUCCUUACCUUGUAUAUUUUCACCAGCAGAACAGCAUGUCAUAGUUCUGUGAUGUCAGGCUUUUUGUGCAGGAGUGCCUGCAUCCCCUACUGCACCCUUUUGUUUAACAGUGUUUUGUGGUGCAGAACAGUCUGAUUCUGUUUUUAGUGAGUUUUAUAGUCAUUGAUGUUUUUCUGUAGUGCAGUCAGUAGCCAGGUAGUUCAUUUCAAACAUAUUCAGCUUACCCACCAUCGGAGUGAGAAGGAAGCAUUGCAACCUGCUAAAACAGAUUGGCAAACGUGACGAUGGCGUCAUGCAUAUUCCAGUUGCUUUUUACUGAGCUAGUUCAGACCUUGAUGCUGUAAGAAGCCUCUGGAAGUAUCCAUCAUCCUUUGUAACUGGCACAGAUAUAUGUUAACAAUAGCUGCUGACUUACUAACUACUGUAAUUACCACUUUCUUCGCAAGAAGUGCAGUGGAAACAUGCUAUUGGGCACAUUUAAUUAUCAAAUUCUCACUGUCCUUAACUGUAGUAAAACACCACAUUCCCUUAGAGCUUGGUGCUGUUUUGCGGACACGAAUUGGUCUAGUGCUGUGCAUGCAAGGCGCCUGCAAAGACCAAAGGCACAGGAAAUUAUGUCUGUGCUUGUUCUACCGCUUUUUUACGCACUGCUGUGGAGCUUGUCCUUGUCAUGGUGAACAAAUGUGUGUGCAUUUGAUUUUAGGUACUUGAGGAUUUUAUGUUGAGUGUCAACAAAGGCUGGCUGCUUUGUUGAUACCCAACUUGCCUGCACCAGUGAAGAAUGUGGCCUUUUAUUCACACAGAGCUCAAUUUUAUGUAAGUUAUCUUUAUUUGGACUGAAUUUUAGUGGGGAUUUUCUUCUAAUGAAUAUAGAAGAGUGUACUUGCACUUUUCACUUUGCUCUGAGGAUGGAAUAACAGUGUAUCAGUGCUUAGAUGUUUGCAAAGUGAGAAUGUGUUAUUUCCAAGGUGCAAGAUCUCAUAAACUGCUGUGCAGUGUUGUGUAUCAUGACUUUAAAAAAUACUUGUGCCUUAUUACAAGUUUUAUGUGCAUGUAAAUACAAAAAUAAAUAAAGUUUCUUUUUGAUUUGUUA